ACCGAGGGGGAAAGAAGUGACUGAGGGCGAAAGACAACGCAGCCCUCCCUAGGAACCUAUUUAACGCAGCGAGAGGCGGAGUGAGCCCGAGCCCGCCGGAGCCUACUGCCGUUGCGCAGAGUCGCAUUUCCGCCUCCGCCUCCGCGUCCCCAGACUUUGCAGGGCAGUGUGUCAUGGCGGCGGGGCUGUUAGGUUUCGGCGCUCGCCGCCUUUGGGCUGUCACGGCGGCGCGGAGACUCCCGGCUGCCCGGGUUCGUUGGGAAUCCGGCACCGCCAGGGCUGUGGUCACCCCGGCCGCGGUGGCGGGAAGGCGUGUGCCCGCACCUACAAUACGUAGCCAAGAGGACCCGGACCCCGAGGACGAAAACCUCUACGAGAAGAACCCAGACAGUCAUGGCUACGACAAGGAUCCUGUUGUAGACACCUGGAACAUGCGAGUAGUCUUCUUCUUUGGCUUCUCCAUCGUCUUGGUCUUUGGCACCACAUUUCUAGCUUAUCUACCUGACUACAGGAUGCAGGAGUGGUCCCGCCGUGAAGCUGAGAGACUUGUGAAAUACCGAGAGUCCAACGGCCUCCCUGUGAUGGAAUCAAACUACUUUGACCCCAGCAAGAUCCAGCUGCCAGAGAUUGAAGACUAACUUAUUGCCAAGUGGGGCUUAGGAAGCAAUAACUUCUCCACUCCCUGCUUCCAUUCAGAGUAUCUAAUUAAAAGAACUGAAUGCUUAA